GCCCAAAUUAACAAGCACAUCGCCACCUCCAAGCGUGUUUUUCGUUCUGUUUUAUCUCACAGUCGAACUGUCCAUUGCGUGUGCGCGUGUGGAUCCUCCUUCAUUCAUCAAUUGCCCCGCCUACUUUGCUGUUUUAGCCAAUAGCCGUUGCACUGGUUUGUGUUUCCCUUUUUUUGUUGUGCUAACGCGACUGUAAGCGAAAACCACAAAAGCUCUUUUUUUUCUCUCGUUGUGUGUGGGUUUUUUCCAUCCUGUUCUUUUGUUCCUUUGUUUACGUUGAGACACAGCUGACAGCGGCCAUUUCAAUUCUCUCUUUACAGACAAAAGACGAAGGAGGCGAAGAGUGGAAACGCUGAAAGGCUUUGCAAACUAUCUGGGAUUGUGUCAUUGAGACAGACAGACAGACAGACAGAGAGCGUGUGUGUGUGUUUGACCAUGGAUAAGGAAGAAUCGUUUCAUAGCGUUUUAAGCUUACAAGAGGCAUCGGACGUGGAGCCGCUCAAGACGGAAGAGUCUGAGGUGUUGGAACACGAAAGGGAUGAGCCGGUUGUGAAUCAAGAGGAUGUGCCUAAUUCACCGGGUAUGUUACCGCGCUUGCCAGGUACUCUUAACGUGAAGGCGCUGAGCAAUUCUGUGGAAUCUGAAGACGAAGUAGAAGGGCCGCAAAGUGCCAUGGCUGCUAUAACUGAUACUGUCAACACGGCGGGUGAAGGUGUGCUGGGUGCUGAUGAGACCGCAUUGGCUGCCGAUGAGGCGAAUGACGACAAUGAUGUUACUAUACAACGGGCGUUGGCUGUGGAUGGUGCUGGUGUGAGGACAGCUGAUGACGAGGUGGAAGACAUCACCCUUGAUCCCGGGAAACAUGAGGAUACACGCGUCAAUGAAUUGGUGAACUCGUUGGAUGAACCUAUUGAUUUCAAACGCGUGUCGUCAAUGACCUCAGAUAGUAGCCAUUCCAUAGAGUCCUUCACUUCAUCACAAUCCCACGUACAAACUGGGAGAGACUCAAGUGAAAGUGGGGUCCAGGAUGUGGAACUCGAGGAUGUUAUCGAUGGCAUUGCUCAGGUUAAUUCUGUGAAUGUUGCUACUUCGACUACUGUUUCGCAUUCUCCAAAAGUUGUCGUUUCACAGGUACACUCUCCAAAAGUCGCAAUGUCAAACUCUUCAAAGGAACUUUUAACAGGCGGCGAAAUUCUACGCGACGUGUCCAAUGGCGUACCCGAGGGGCCAACUGAUGAAACCGACGCGUCUCAACGUGUGCUGAAAGAGCCUGUUUUGAUCCAAGCUAAGUCCAACAAUCAGGAAGAUCAAGUACUUGAAAAUGAUGACACUGAAGCUACAUUUGCAGAGAAAUUGAUUGGCACCCAACUACAAUCAGAGGACCCACAGGGUAAAGAGAUCAAAACGACACCUGAUGAUAUUGUCGCUCAAGAUGUGUUACCUAAUGAGAGCGUAUCAAAUGCACAUGUCUCUGGUUCUUCCUAUAUAACGAGUUCUAACUUUGAGACAAAAAUAAUCGACGAUUUUGUUGGGAGCUCGCAAUCAAGCGCAAAGGAUGAGUUGGAUCAUUUGGAAAGACCUAUUGCAACGUCGUCAAAUAUAAAUAUACCAAGUUUAUCCUCAUCAUUAUCAGAUAACAUUGGGAACAUGACAAUAAGAGAAGGGGUGCAAGAGGACACGUUUGAAGUUUCCAACACGUCUGGUUCUUCCUCGGGGUUGAACGGUUCAGGUACCGCAUACAACAACACAACGGCCAUAACGUCAUCGUCAACACCAAAGAACGUCAGCAGUAUAAACUCCACAGACUCAUCAAUGAUCCCCAAAACAGAGACUCCGAAGGUACCUACACGUUAUUCGAAUCCAAGUGUUAGUUCUACAUCAUUAUCGCAAUCCACAUUGCCUAAGGGAUCCACGGGUGGGAGACGAACUGUGAGCUCACCAUUUGGAAACAAAUCGAAAAGAUCAAGUGGAAAUAAAAUGAAGGGUGUAUUUUCAAAUAUCAUGAACAGUAUGAGAAGUUCAAAUUCACAUGAAAGUAAACACCUCAGUUCCCCGUCGUUGAAAAUUUCUAGUCCAUAUGAUGCUAAACACGUUCAUCACGUUGGUGUUGAUGAAGAUGGUCAAUACACAGGUCUUCCAGAAGAGUGGCAAAAAUUGUUAACCUCGAGUGGUAUCACUAAGCAAGAACAACAGAAAAAUCCUCAAGCAGUUAUGGACAUUGUGGCCUUCUACCAGGAUCAAACUAAGAAUGCAGAUGAAAAGGUGUUUAGAAAAUUCAACCAAAAUAACACCCAUUUGGUGUCAACAGCAUCUUUCAGAACACCAAAGACUACACAAAGUCAAUUCACUACCCCUCAAGACCAGCAGUUGCCACAGUUCCCUAUAUCAACACCGCGUUAUACACAACCGCCAACGCCUAUCUUAGAUACAGAUAAGGAAAAGACUUUUAUUCCUUCGAGACCUGCUCCAAAACCACCGGGGUCUGCUGCUGCGUCGCCACACGUUGUUUCACCAUUGUUAAGAUCACAAUCACAGAAGAGCACCAAGAGUACACCAGUGAUAAGGCCUCUAGGUACGUUCUCACCUCAAAGAACAGCUCCACAAGUCCCAAAGAUCCCACCACCUGUGCCAGCGCAUGUCCAAACACCAAAAGCCGAACCACCUACUUCAUUGGUUACCAAAGACUUGCCAGAGCAAUCGGCUACUACUGGUGAGACAAACGACCCUGAACCUCCAGUUCCUGUGGCAAAAAAUAGUCAAAAACCCGUUCGUGAUCCAGAACAAGCUGCAAUUGCUGCAGAAAGGAAAAAAGAAGAGAAGAAGAAGCGCAAUGCACUGGUUUAUGCUAAAUUGGCAACCAUUUGUUCUGAAGGUGACCCUUCUAAGAUCUACAGAAAUCUGUUUAAGAUUGGACAAGGUGCCUCUGGUGGUGUUUAUACUGCGUAUGAAGUUGGAUCGAACAAAUGUGUAGCCAUUAAACAAAUGAACUUGGAGCAACAACCAAAGAAGGAACUCAUCAUCAAUGAAAUUCUGGUGAUGAAAGGUUCCAAACAUAAGAACAUUGUGAACUUUAUUGACUCUUAUCUUUUGAAAGGUGACCUUUGGGUUAUAAUGGAAUACAUGGAAGGUGGCUCCUUAACUGAUGUUGUUACACAUAGCAUCAUGACUGAAGGUCAAAUCGGUGCGGUUUGCCGUGAAACGUUACAAGGUCUGGAAUUUUUGCAUUCCAAGGGUGUUAUCCACAGGGACAUCAAAUCUGAUAACAUUUUGCUCUCAAUGGCUGGAGAUAUCAAACUGACAGACUUUGGAUUCUGUGCUCAGAUUAACGACGUGAAUUUGAAACGUACCACGAUGGUUGGUACUCCAUACUGGAUGGCUCCUGAAGUUGUUAGUAGAAAACAAUACGGGCCAAAGGUUGACAUAUGGUCGUUGGGUAUCAUGAUCAUUGAAAUGAUUGAAGGAGAACCCCCAUACUUGAACGAAGCACCGCUGAGAGCACUCUACUUGAUUGCAACAAAUGGUACUCCAGAGUUGAAAGAACCAGAGAUGCUCACAGAUACAUUGAAACACUUUUUAUCCUGGACACUUCAGGUUGAUCCUGAAAUGCGUGCUGAUGCCACUGAAUUGUUACAUGAUCCUUUCAUCGUUGGUGCUGAUGACGUUUCUUCGUUAGCUCCACUGGUGAAGCUAGCAAGAAUGAAGAAACUCGCUGAAAAGUCUGACGAUGAGUGAAGAUAGACUGAGCAGUGGUUAUAUUUCCUUUCUUGUUCUGUAAUCGGUAUUACUAUGGUUAUUAUAUAUGCAUGAAACGUGUAUUUUUGUUUGAUGUUUUCUUCUACGAUGC